UGUGAGUUAUGUAAUUGAAAUCAGCAAGCAGAAAAAAGAAGAAGCUUGUUCUCAAAGCAAAACGCCCUCCUUUUAUCCUCUCUCUCUCUCUCUCUCUCUCUCUCUCUCUCGGCUUUACUGGGUUUCCCUCCAGAACAAACAAGCAAAGCAUCUCUGCUUAACAUUUAAAGCCCACAAACUUUUUUUUUUUUGGGGGGGGGCGUUUCCUUUAUGGAAAAACAGAGCAUCUCCUCAUACACGCCACCACAAGCUGUUGCCUUCUCUUGGAAAGAUCCUGAGUUUUUUUUUUUUUUGCCCCUUUAGUUAGGAUACAUUUGUGCUUUUUCAAAACUGUGGCUUGAACACCGCAACCACAUUUGGGGUUCAGAUCUGUGCAAAAAACCCCACCUAAAGUUAAGAAUAUAUCCCAGUCGUGGGGCACCGAUGAGGCCAAAUUGAUCGUGGCAAUUCAAGUCCUCUCUGAACUGUUGUAUCUUCUUGAGGUCUGCUCAUGCUGGUGUACGCAAACUGGGAAUUGGUGGUGACAUUAUUGUCUUUGGCUCCUUCGACCACGCCGUACCUUCGCAAGGUCUAACUGCUUUGCUCCGGAGCCAGAGCAUAUAUAGCUAUUGAACUCUUCUGAGCCCGUAGGAAUUUUUGGGGGUAUUGAUGCAACUUUGAGUUAUUGCUGUGGCUUUGAAGCUUACAUCCCUAUGCAACUUUAUUCCACAGUCUGAUGUUGUGAUGACUGACGAGUGUGUUACACAUCAGCUGCUAAAUUCUCCAUUUUCUGAGAAUCAUUUGGCUUUCUGGUUUAAAUUUCAGGUUUUUCUUUGAAAAGGAUUUUCACUCUGGUGGAGUUCUUAUCGUCCUGUCAAGCUCUUGUAGGGUGUUUCAUUUGUUCAUUCCUUCCUCUUCGGUCUUUCAGACCAAUUUGUUCAGACCCAGAAAUCAUUCUUUCAUUUUUCUUUCCGAGGAUCCGCUCUCAGUCAUCCCAAAUUGCUAUACAUUUGCUUUCCCUGUAAUCUAGGAACGAAAACCGACUAUUUCCGCAAACUCUUGAGCAAGUGAACAGUUUGGAGAAGAUGAGUUUUCUAACAGCAUCUACUGAUAACUCUUACAAGCCAUACGUUAAUGGCAACACAACCUCUGCAAGUUACUGGCUGAACUGGAGGGUCUUGCUCUGUGCUCUUUGGGUCUCCGUCUCUAUGAUCUUUGCCCUGGCUCUCAUAUGGAGACAUGAAGAUUUCGGCAGAGCGAAUCGCCGUGAUAGAGAUACAGAACGAGAAACUGCGGGAACUUUGUAUGACGAUGAAACUUGGAGCCCAUGUCUUAAAGGAGUUCACCCUGCUUGGUUACUAGCUUUCCGAGUGGUGGCUUUCAUCGUGCUCCUGAUAAUGCUCAUCGUCACUUCUUUUCUCGAUGGAGGUGGUAGCAUAUUUUACUACUAUACCCAGUGGAGUUCUACGCUGAUCACCAUCUAUUUCGGGCUUGGAUCGCUGCUGUCCUUUUAUGGAUGCUAUGAGUAUAACAAUAGAGCUGCUGGCGAGAAGGUCGACAAUGUGGAGGUUGAUUCAGAGCAAGGAACCUAUGCUGCUUCAGAACCAAGGGACAAUUCUCACACGAUAAUCGCGGCCAAGAACUCACUCCAGCACAGUGCCCGUAAAAGAGCGAACAUUUGGGGUUAUCUAUUUCAAAUAAUGUUCCAGAUGAAUGCAGGUGCCGUUGUGCUCACAGAUUGCGUCUUCUGGUUCAUAAUUGUCCCAUUUCUUGCACUCAACAAUUAUAGUCUGAGCAUUUUGGACAUAAAUAUGCAUACAAUUAAUGUCGUUUUACUAAUCGGAGACACGGCUUUGAACUGCUUGCGUUUUCCUUUGUUUCGUAUUGGAUACUUCUUCAUGUGGACGAUCACUUACGUAAUUUUCCAGUGGAUUCUCCAUUUCCUCAUCAACAUUUGGUGGCCAUAUCCAUUUCUCGACUUGUCAUCUUCAUAUGCCCCGCUAUGGUAUGUUUCAGUUGCACUGAUGCACUUUCCAUGCUAUGGUAUAUUCGCUCUGGUGAUCAAGUUAAAGCACUCUCUCUUGUCGAGAUGGUUCCCUCAGUCCUAUCAGUGUCCAAAGUGAUCUUCAAAAUGAAGGCACAAAUGCUCACGAAGACCGCCGUGUCCGAGGCCCUAUACUUUCUUCAUUGAAGUUUAUACUGUACAAGGGAACUUAAGACAUCCACAGGAGUUGCAGAUUGUUCAAGGUCCUGAUAAAGUUUCACAGGAUAUAAACCAUGCAACAUACAAUUUUUGGGUUUAUUUGUUCACAGAAAAUCCAAUGCUGCCACUUCUUAAUAUGUGACAUACCUGUAAGUAUAUACAUGUUCACAGAAAAUUCAUUACUGAAAUGUUGACUUUUCUUGGGCUGGUCUAGUUCAUAUCCUUUCAUAA